AAAAAAGAGUAUGACGAAUUGGCCGCCCCAACUGAAGCGCCUGAAAAAAAAAGAAAUUUUCUGUUGUUUUGGGACAAGAGGCGGUUAAGAAUGCCUGUAUCGACCUUGUCACCACCGCGAAAGUACCGCUGGCUAUAUUGGACUCGGACGGUUUUAAGACUUUAACAGCUCAAAUAUUUCAAGGGUUAAACAUGCCAUCUGUCAAUUCAAGGAAUGUUAUGAGAUUAGUUGAAGAAAAAUAUAGCCAAAUUAAGAGCAAAAUGGCCCAAGCCUUAAAAAACAGAAUCCUCUGCCUCAAAGUGGAUACGGCCACACGGUGCAACCUCGGAGUGCUUGGUGUAAACGUUCAAUACAUUGAUGAAGGCUUAAUGUGCAUUAAGACAUUGGGAUUGAUCCAGUUAAAAGCAUCGCAUACAUCCCAAAAUAUCUGUGCUGAGAUCAAGUCUAUAUUGACUGAUUUUAGCAUAUCCAGAAAGCAAGUCUAUACCAUCACAACCGACAAUGGUCGAAAUAUGAUAAAGGCAGUGGAAUUACUGAACAAUGAUUCCGAAGAUGAAGAAGAAGUUGCUGAGGACUUGGAUGAUGAUGGACUGCUAAAAGAUCUGAAAAUUUAUUCAAUACGUUCGAUCAAAUGUGCAGCACAUACGCUUCAACUGGCGGUGAAGGAUUUUUUUUCAACGGCACUUAUCUGCUAGCUUCAUUAAUAAAGCACGGAAGAUUGUGAAGCUUUUAAGAACACCGGCAUAUAGGUAUUUAAUAACGGAGGAGUCAUUGCCACAACCAAUUUUAGAUGUCGCGACUCGGUGGAAUUCCACCUAUAGUAUGUUGAGUCAGCUUAAGAACUUUGAAGACUUUUGUGAGAGGCGCCUCAAGUGUUCAAUGAAGCUAACAACGACUGAGUGGGAUGACCUAAAAAGACUCGUUACUACCCUGGAACCGGCAUACACAGCUACUAUCAGCUACAAAGCGCCGAAUUAUUUAUGGGUGACUUUUACAAACUGUGGUUGGAGCGCAAGCUUACUGUUGCAGCAGUAAAGACGACUGAAAGCAAAGCUUUGAGCGAGUGCAUCGCUGAAAGGGAAGUUGGCCUCUUAGGGACUGACUCGGUAAUUUGCAGCAUAUAUUUGGAUCCACGGAUAAGACGGGUAUUGCUGCAAAACCCUAUAAAUGUUAUGCUAGCUAAAAGCAAGCUUAAGCAGCUUUUUCUGCAAAUAUUUAAUUUGAAAGAACCUAUCAUUGCAACAGAAGUGCCUUGCUCAAGUACCUCCUUGGCAUCCACGCAAAGUUCAAACACCUGCUCUCUGUUGAAUGAUUUUUUGCAAACCAUUGAGGUAGCUUCGGAAGAUGAAACUGACGAUGGUGAGCGAUCGGAUCUGCUAAAGAAGGGGUAUGCGGAAAUUGAAGCCUAUAGCCCGAAGCCAAUUUCCUUGUCCUCCAAUAUAAUGGAGUAUUGAGAGGAAAAGCGCUACGUAUACCCAAGUCUUUAUCAGCUGGCCAAAGUGGUGCACUCGGUUCCCGCAACACAAGUGAGUGUGGAAAGAGCGUUUUCAGCCCUUAAAAUGCUGUUGACGGAUCAACGAUGUAACCUCGCCGAUAAGUCUCUGAAACAACUGCUUUUUGUGAAAUUAAACAGCAAAUAAUAAAAAAAAAUUUUGUUACUGAAUACCUUAU